UUACAAAGGACUCUGAGCCCAGGUGACAGACUGUUGGACUUGAUCAGUCCACUCUUAAGGAAAUCUGAAUGUCUUGGAAUAGGUAAAUCAGGUUGAAAAGGAUUUAAAGCCCCCGAAUCUCAGAUUUUUGGGGGUGAAAAGAUCAGGAGGAGGUCCAGUUGAAAUUAACAUGUAUUGAGAACUGGACUGAGAAACAGAUGGGUUCUUUUUACAUCAGGGCACAGAUAGCCUAAAAGGAAUCCUAAUCUCAGACUGAUCCUUGUCAAGGACAAGUACGCUGUAGGACUGUUAAUUUUCCCCAAAGAGAAUUUUUGCUUUUCCCUUCCCCCUCCGCAGCCAGCACCAUCAGCGAAGCUGUUGCACAUUCCAGUAGUGCUAUCACAUCGCUGGCUCCUAGUAGCUAAACCAGAAGGGAACGAGCCAAUGGUGGCUGCUGCACCAGACAGCCAAAUAGCUGCAUGGAUAAGCGUUUUACUAGCACAGCGUGUCCUGUGUUUGAAGCGCCCAGCCAGGGGAUGGUGGCAGGCUGAGUUUAAGACACCUCUGAAAGUUAACUGACUCUGUGUGUGCUUAUUUGUAGUAAAUGCUCAAGUAACCUGUGUGAGAACGUGGAAGCAGCAGAGCAAACAUGCAAAACAGACCUGCAUGAGUAACAGGACGACAGAACCUGGCCACUUCUCCAGGGUUUAACAGCAGCUGGGCAGCUUGGUCAGUCUGAGAAAAUACGAGGAGACCGAGGGCAGCAAAGAGCAGUAACCGUUCCUGUGCUGCUGGUAGAUACUUCUUGCAGCAGGAUGUGAUGCUGUAGGAAUAUGUAUUUAGCUCGGAGCCUGUGCCAGUGGGGAGGCAGGAGGAGAUGGGACGUUCUUCUGGGUUUUCAGAAACCAUGGCGAGUCCUGCAAAGGAUAACUAUCGAAUGAAGAGUUACAAGAACAAAGCCCUAAAUCCCGAGGAAAUGCGUCGGAGAAGAGAAGAGGAGGGAAUUCAACUGCGCAAACAGAAACGAGAGCAACAGGUAACUGUCAUCUUGACUAGCUUGUGUACAGCCUUAACACAACCAGGAUUGUGCUGCUGCCAAACUGGAAUCUUCAAGGAUCUGUGCAUUAAGCUCUUCAAAAGAAGAAACGUGGAGUUGAUCAAUGAAGAUGCCUCUAUGUUUGAUAGUCUCCUUGUGGAUUCCUAUGUUAGUUCCACAACAUGUGGGGAGGGGGUGAUCACAAGAGAGAUGGUAGAGAUGCUUUUCUCAGAUGACCCUGACCUACAGCUAGCAACCACUCAGAAAUUCAGGAAGUUACUUUCCAAAGAGCCAAAUCCUCCAAUAGAUGAAGUGAUAAACACUCAGGGAGUGGUGGACAGAUUUGUGGAAUUCCUGAAAAGAAGUGAAAAUUGCACGCUACAGUUUGAAGCAGCGUGGGCACUGACGAAUAUUGCAUCAGGAACUUCCCAACAAACAAAAAUAGUAAUUGAGGCUGGGGCAGUUCCUAUAUUUAUAGAGCUAUUAAACUCUGACUUUGAGGAUGUUCAGGAACAGGCUGUCUGGGCAUUGGGGAACAUUGCUGGAGACAGCUCUGUGUGUAGAGAUUAUGUCCUUAACUGCGCUAUUCUUCCUCCCUUAUUAAUGCUCCUUACGAAGUCCACCAGGUUGACAAUGACACGAAAUGCUGUCUGGGCCUUGUCAAACUUGUGCAGAGGAAAGAGUCCACCACCUGAAUUUGAUAAGGUAUCUCCCUGCCUGCCAGUGUUGUCCCGGUUAUUAUUCAACAGUGACUCCGACUUGCUGGCAGAUGCGUGCUGGGCUCUUUCCUACUUAUCAGAUGGCCCCAAUGAGAAAAUUCAAGCAGUUAUUGACUCGGGAGUGUGUCGGCGACUGGUGGAGCUGUUAAUGCACAAUGACUACAAAGUGGCCUCCCCAGCUUUGCGAGCAGUUGGCAAUAUUGUGACAGGGGAUGACAUCCAGACCCAGGUGAUUCUGAACUGUUCAGCCUUGCCUUGUCUCCUUCACUUAUUAAGUAGUCCCAAGGAGUCAAUCAGGAAAGAAGCCUGCUGGACCAUAUCUAACAUCACAGCAGGAAACAGAGCACAAAUACAGGCAGUCAUAGAUGCAAACAUUUUCCCGGUACUGAUAGAAAUCCUGCAGAAAGCUGAAUUCCGCACGAGGAAGGAGGCAGCAUGGGCUAUUACAAAUGCAACGUCAGGAGGAACUCCCGAGCAGAUCAGAUACUUGGUAAACUUGGGUUGUAUCAAGCCUCUUUGUGACCUGCUGACUGUCAUGGACUCCAAGAUUGUUCAGGUGGCAUUGAACGGCCUAGAGAACAUCCUGAGGCUUGGAGAGCAGGAAGCCAACCAGAGUGGGACAGGCAUCAACCCGUACUGUAGCCUGAUUGAGGAGGCCUAUGGUUUGGAUAAGAUAGAGUUCCUACAGAGCCAUGAGAACCAAGAGAUCUACCAGAAGGCCUUUGACCUGAUUGAGCACUACUUUGGAGUAGAAGAUGACUCCAGUUUAGCUCCCCAGGUAGAUGAGAACCAGCAGCAAUUCAUCUUCAAGCAACCUGAAGCCCCCAUGGAAGGUUUCCAGCUAUAAUGUGUCCGGGGAGGGAAAAGAACACCACAAACUUGCCGGAAAACAACUGGGAGCAGCUGAUUGUCCCAUCCCCUUCUUGUGAAUGGAAGGCUGAACACCCACUCCACCUGUUAGGAAACAGUUCUUCAAACAACUAGAAACAGUGCUUUGUCCUCGUGGAGAGAAGGGGAUACUCUUACACUUUUUUCUUUUUGCUGCUGCAUACAUGUCUUUAAAGCAGGCAUCUGGGUGGAGGAAGGACACUGAGGUAACAGAUUGCACCUCUUGGUGUUUUUUUUUUCUUUGUGGUGAUCUCUCCCAAAUGUCACUUCUUACCUCGGGUACUUAAUUGAGAUUUCAGCAUUGGGUUGGGUAAGAACACAAAUAGAAAGUAAGCAUUCUCACAACAAUAAUUCUGGAAACCUGGGUUGAGCUAUUUAAUUUUUUUGCACAUGUUACUCUUUAUUAAAGACUCUAAUUUGCCAAGAGCAAAGUUUAGCCCUGGCCUUUCUGCAACCCUCCUUCAGCGGACAGUCCUGUUGAACCUGGGCCAAGUUUCCCCUGAAAUAUACUGUAAACGGACAGAGAAACGGGAAGUUCUCCCACUCCUGGGAAGAUUUUUUUUUUCUGGGGGGAAGGCUUCUUCCCUUUGUCUAGAUUUUUGGUUUUGUUUUUUGAUGAACUGCUAGUGGUAUUUACAAGGAGAAAAAAAAAAGCAACAAGACCCCAAAGAUGGUAACUAUGAAGAGGGCAGGAUGCUUGGGUGGUUUUUGAAACAGGAAGCACAGCUGCCGUUGCACAGGCUUUGUUUGCAUUGCUACUGACUGAAGUCACAGAACUGUUGAAAUGGUGAAAACCCAUCUUCAUCUUUACUUGAAAUACUAUUUUUUUUUUCCAUGAGAACAUGUUUUGAGUUCUGGGUUGUGGUUUUUUCUGACUUGGGUUGGGGUGGAUCACUGUAUGGGUCAGAGGAAGAGGAUGUGUUGUGUGCGGUGUUAACUUCAGUAGCAACAGGCCUGAGUUUUCAGGUUUACCUCCUGCUCACAGUUGGAUCAUGUACAUUUUACUUCAAAAAAAAAAAAGUCAAAUCUCUGUAUUUUUUAUAUUAUAUAUAGGUAGAUAUUUGUCUAAUUGGGCUUCAGAGAAAAAUAUAUAUGAAAUUUCUGUAACUUAUGUAAAUAGAGCACUGUGAGGCAGGCACACCUGGAAACGACGGCCCCAGCUCACUCACUGGUUGUCCUGCUUCUUUUCCUCUGUUUACUCACGUACUGUAUAAGCGAACAUAGAGCUGUCUUAACCUCCUCUGCCACCUUUGAGUUACUUAGCCAAGAUUUCAUUCACCACAAGAGAACGCACGAGGCUGUGGAGAACAAAUGCGCUUCUGGGCUGCGGGGGGAGAGAGCCGGCCGCCGGUGUGUGCCGGCCGCUGAGGCCUGCCCGGGGGUGAGGAGCCAAAGCUCCGCUGUGAUGAGUCCUUUAUUGUGAAACGAAUAAACUCCAUCUGUGCAGUUGA